UGUUCACGUCUCUUGCUGUCAGGUGCAUGAGCCUCUUGUCCGUGAGUAGAUGCACGCUUCCUGGUAAUACGGUUGGCGGACGUGCCCUCUGCCCCGUGCUGCUGCUGCUGCUGCUGUGUGUCCGCCCACUACAACAAACAAACUCGGAACAAGGAAGUUAUGCACAGGUGGCUGCUUCCUACUUAUUUAGCGUUACCUUUCAACACCUUCUGCGACAUCGAUCAUCACCGAGCUCCGUCAUGGCUGAAGUUGAGGAGGAAGUAGCGCCAGGUGAAGAGCAGCAGCAGGUGCUCAGCUCUUCUUCACCCGGCGGACCGGAGGACAGUCAUCCGUCUGUCCUCGCAGUGGGCACGGGGGAGCAGCAGCAGGUGCUCAGCUCUUCUCCAGGUGGACCGGAGGACAGUCAGCCGGACAGUGCCCCCUCAGAGGGCACGGAGCAGCAGCAGCCCAGCUCCUCCUCUCCAGGUGGACCGGAGGACACCCAGCCGGCUGUGCCCGCAGAGGGCACGGAGGAGCGGGCAGCGGAGGUCGGAGCGGCCCGCCCCCAGUACAGUACCAUCUCCGUGGAGUCAUCCCUGACCCACUUUAAGAUGAUGAGGUUCUUCGUGUUGAGGCCUGGCACUCUGAAUCAGGCCAUCAAAGACAUUGAAGCUCUGGUGGAUAUGGAAGUAGAUGGCAGCGUUCACAGCGUUUGGCUGAUGACAGAGGUGGAUCACUGGAACAAUGAGAAAGAGCGUCUUGCUCUCAUCACAGACAACUCUCUCCUGGUCUUCAAGUACGACUUCGUCAUGUUCGUCUGUGAGCAAAUCCAGAGGAUCCCGCUGAACAUUGUGGACCGCAUCUCCCAUGGCAAAUUCACCUUCCCACCAGCCUCCCUGCUCAAGAGAGAGGGGGAGGGGGUGCGACUCUUCUGGGACCGGCUGAGAGAGCCCUCCUUCACCUCCAGGUGGAACCCCUUCGCCGUCGACUACCCCUUCAUCACCUUCACACACCACCCUGUGAGGAACAUCAAUGAGACAUACGCUGCUCUCUGCGACAUCCAGAAGUUUCGUGAACAGCUCAAGGAUGCAGCGCAGAGAGCCCACACUAUAAAGCCGUUUCCUGGCAAGGCCAACGGUGUCCUGGUCCUGAAUCAGAACAUCCUCAUCGAGACUUACGUAGGCAUCAUGUCUUUCAUUGGGAACCAGAACAAACUGGGAUACUGCAUGGCUCGAGGAAACUUCGGCUACUAACUCUCCUGCAUUUAUAUGAUAGUUUUAUCGUCGAAAUUGUUUCCAUGUUUUUAAGUUUGUUUACAGAGAGCUCAUUCAAAUUCUACAAGGUCUGACCGAAGAUUUUUCCAUAUUCAGGUUUGCUUUUGUCACAGUGAAGCCUGGAUUCUCAGGAUGUUCUGUGUGAGGUUUAAACAACCGUGUGAUCUCCCCCAUUGCUUAUUACCAGUGUGUGGUGUCUGAGUACUCAGAAAUAUCCGCAUUUCAACACCGCUCUUCACUGGAUGACGGAUCCCCCGCUGCUCUCAAGGAGCUUUGUAUUUGCUCCUCAGUGAUAUGGUAAUUCAACUCUUUCGCAAUGGGACUCCUUUCUUCCUCCCCCGGUGUCUCUGUUAAAAGCUCAUUCCCAUGUCAUUCAGCCCCUUAGAGAUUCACCGGAGCAUGGGGGCACAUUUGUCAGUUUAGUUUUAUUAUUUGCAGUGUAUUUUUACAGUGCAUACAGUGCUGGAAUUUCCCCUUGAUUUGUGUGUUUACCAUGUGUCGCUCUGCCUUGUUUGGCAUCACCUGUUUGUCUUGUGAGCAUAUCACAGACAAGAUAAUGUAGGCUUACAUAUUUUGUUCUCUUUUCCUUUGUGUUGGUACAAAAGAAGCAGAUUUUUUUUCAUGCAGAUUUCUCUGCAGUGUUUUUCUUUGGCGCAUUUUAAUCGUGAAUAAUCGUACCCUGACCUUUUUUCAUGCUAAAUAAGAACGCAUGUCUGCUGAAAGAUAAACCUAUUAGUGACCGUGACAGUUGUGUCUGCGGCUAAUGAGUAAUAAUAUCAUUGAUUUAAAGUUUUUACUGUUACUGUUUGUAACAGAAAGGGCGGUUUAAUACUACAGCAAACAUGUGUUUGACCGCCUGUCGCCUGCAGCUCUUAAUCUAAAGGCCCUGAAACACCAAGCUGACAGUCGAACAUCAGUCAGAGUUGGGCUGUCGGUGAGCGUCUGUCGCCCUAGUCGGUGCGGUGUGUCCUGCACAAAUGCCCUUGUCGCCUCCCCUCUGCUUUUUUUUUUAGACCACUUCAGCAUGUUUAAUCAGUGUUGGCAACAGAGUAGCCUAUCAGUGAGUGAAAUCACUCAACCAGCAGUUCAGCUUAGCCCGACACGAAGAGAAACAGAAGUGAGGAAAGUAAACAAACAACUAAAGUCAAGAGGGAGCCAGUGAGCUUUUUAGCAGAAACGUUUCCUGAUGGUUUGUGUAACUGUUCACUGUUGCACAAUUAAUAUCUUUUCUUUCAACAUUGGAUUGUGUUGUUAAUGUGCUAACUGCCUAACUAGCAUCAAGACGGUCUUCUGGUUUACCUUUUCUAAUUAAGAUUACAGACUACCAUCUGCUGGUGUGGAGAGUUACCUUCUCUCACACAAGUGCAGAACGUACGUGCUGGUUUGCCGUUGUCUGUAGGCUUUACGAUGCGUUCAUGUGCAACUUUCUAGGCAGAGACACAGGUGAUAUCAGGAGAUGCAGCCUCUGAAGUCAGUUUGGUGUGUCUGGGCUAUAACAGCUCACUGUGGCUGCUCCUGAUUGUUCCAAUACUCCUUGCGAUAUUUAAAAAUUGGCCCAUUGUUUUAAAAAAAAAAAAAAAAAAGAUUUUUGCAGAUGCAUUUUUGAUGAACUCUUUUUAUGUGCAUUUUUGCACAAAUUAAACAUAAGUGGAAACACCAAAAUUUUGAAAAGAUCUUGAAAUUUAGAAAACAUUUGUAUGCUUGGAGAUGCCUGUGAGGGUUCACACCCACAGAGUUUAGAGCCUGUGACUCCACACCAGUCCGUUACAACUGAAGAAUCCUCUUCGAUGAGAAGUGAAACAUCGUCAAGAAACUCUAGCAAGUCCAGUUGCCUACGAUACAGCACUUAUGAAUAUGCUUGAAGAUGGAAAAGUUGGUUUACUGCUAAGAAGUAAAUGCUACUAAGUGCAAUGAAAAAGGAUUCAGCAAAUAAAUAAUUAUGUACCGUCAUGUUCUUAGGAAGCUCUCUUCGUCAUUUCUAAAAGGCUUUUACCGAGAAGUGAAGGAGCCCCUUGGUAGUCGAGAGGUUACUGUGCAUGCCACAUAAUCACAGUGUGCCCAGUUCCGUUCUGUCUGACAACCUUUGUUGCCUGUCGUACCUUUUCUCUCCGCCUCGUUUCCUGUCUACCUCUUCGCUGUCAAAUCUCAAAUGAAGGUGAAAAAUAUUUCCAAAAAAAUAAAACACAAAGAAUGAAACAAACACUGAGAUUGAUAUCAUGAGCUGCCUUUUUUAUUAAACUGAUGAGCGAAUUAUAAGCAAACUUUUGAAAUGAUGCAAAAAAGACAUGCAAAUUAGGUGCGUAAUUAAAGGGAUAGUGCACCCAAAAAUGAAAAUUCAGCCAUUAUCUACUCACCCAUAUGCCGAGGGAGGCUCAGGUGAAGUUUUAGAGUCCUCACAACAGUGAGAGUGGGUAGCAACACAACUCCACCUAAGUGGAGGCUUACGGCGCCCCAGAUUAAACGUCCAAAAACACAUAAUUGAAACCACAAAAUAUCUCCAUACUGCUCAUCUGCAGUGAUCCAAGUGUCCUGAAGCCCCACAUAAAAAGUUGUUUGGAAAAAACAUCAUUUGAACUCUGUUUUUAGCCUCAUUGUAGCCUGUAGCUGUAACUGCCUCUCUGUGUUGUUUUCCAAACAACUUUUUAUGUCGGGGCUUCAGGCGGUUCAUGUGGUUUCAGUUAUGUGUUUUUGGACGCUUGAAUCUGGGGCGCCGUAAGCCUCCAUUAGGUGGUGUUGUGUUGCUACCCCUGCUCCCCUGGGAUCUCCACAAGUGAUGUGCAGACUCUAAAACUACACCUGAGCCUCCCUCGGCAUAUGGGUGAGUAGAUAAUGGCUGAAUUUUCAUUUUUGGGUGCACUAUCCCUUUAACUGGUUUGGAGAGAAUAAACUAGGCUCUGCAAAGUUUAGCUUCAUCAGAAGUUAGCGAUAUAGACUACACUUUACAAAUGGCUGUAAAGAGAGUAGUAGUAGAAGUAAAGGUUGCUUACCAGAAGCAAAACAAGUCCCCGUGGUUAUCUACUAAUCUACAAGAGGAAAAUGGAAAAACUGUCUUCAGGAAUGUUUUUAAAAUGGGCAAGUUUUAAUUGUUUUUUUCAAGUCUGCUAGUCUUGGUCAUGUUUCAUGCUGUCCGUCGAUGAAGACAAAUUAGUGAGUUAACUGUUCGCAACGUCAGAACAUAUUUGGCAACAGUGAAGAUGUUUCCAUAUCCCAUUUAUUGCAUCAACCUUUUUUUUUCGCCAAAGGCAGAAACCACCUCAGGGGAGCGUAAAAACUUUUUUUGCGCAAUAAAAACUUGAUCAGAUUUUGCCAUUUCCUUACAGCUUUUCUAAUGUGAUUUUACAAAACGCACAUAAAAAUAUGUUUAUGGACACACCGCUAAUGGCACAAAAUUACACAUGACAGUCAAGCUGAACUGUAUGCUGCAUUGUUUCCUUUGAAUGUCUCAUUCAUUGGUAGACAAUCUGAAAUGGCAGACCCGACAUUAAUAAUAAAAGCUACUAAAUUUAGGGGGGUAAUUCCAUUAAAUGGUUAUUGCUGAGAGAAUGCCGACCAUAAACAUUAUCAAGAACAGGAUUUAAUUUUCACAAACAUGUUAAGGAUUAUAGCUUUAAAGCUUUGAAAGUGUUCACUGGUAAAAUUACAGUUGUGUUCACUAAUGAGUGACAAAUACAAGUGAAUGCAGACGAACUGAGCCUCAGUAUUUAGACUCUUCUAAGGUUUUCUCUUCAGGAAACAAGGUUAAGUAGCAAGCGUCCCAGGAGGACAGCUGUUAUUCCACACGGUAAAGAAUAUGGUUAAGUUCAGCACCUUUAGUAUCAUGUAUCAUAACCCUAGGGUCUGAAGGGGUUAACAUGUUUCCUCCCAGAGUGAGGACGUGUUUUUAAUCCUGGAUCAAGCACUGCUCUGGCCUGGAGCGAAGCACCUCAUCCAUAUUUCUGCUCUUCAAAGUUGUAAAAGAUGUUCAGAAAACAGGAUUAACUGCCGGAUAAAUGAGCGUUCAUAAAGUUAUGUAGCGUAGGCCCUCAAGAGAAGUUCAGUUUUACAUUCAGGUCACAUCAUGACUCAAAGCGGUGACAUUAGUUGAAGAAUAUCCAACUAAGUGUGUUUAUUUUCUUUGGUUUCCAUGGGCUGCAUUUGUACCUGUAAUCAUUAUAUUCUUUCUUCUGACUGUAGCUGCAGGUAAAGCAGUUACCAAAAACAUCGAGCAGCAGCAAUACAAUGAAAGACGAGUGUAUCACAAACUGAAAUAAUAACAGACUCCCUGAGAUGUAAUGUUUGUGAUUACGUUGUUUGCUGUUCAGAUGAGUUCACAUGUUCUGUCAUGUUUGAACUGAACUCUAAUGAAGCUCGAAUCUCCAUUUUUCUCUUGUUCUCUGCCGACCUUUAACAGUUAAGAGCAUCUCUUCACUCGGCUGACGUCUAGAUGUGAUGCGACUUGCUCUAAAUGUCAGGAUAUAGAAUGAGUAUGGCUCGGUGUGCGUGCAGGAGACGGCGGGGGGCGUGGGUGUGUUGUUGUGUAUGAUCCAUUUCUGUCCUCAGAUGCUCUUUUUCUGUGCAUUAAAGAUCACUGAGUUCAGCCCUCGAGGUACUUUACCAGAAUUGCCUCACUAUUGUAUGUACAGUCUGUACUCGGAUACAGACACAGCAGUUUUGUAUACAUAACUAAUUACAUGAUUGACAGAUGUGCAGUGACGAUCACAGGUUUGAUGUAAGGACAUCGAAGUUCAGGGUUUUUUUGUUGAUUACAAAAUAUUUAACCACAAAAUUUACACUGACACAUUUUAAGCUAUUUAAUCUGAAAUACAUGUUUCCUGCUGUAUCAAUUAGGUGUAAGGUUGUUUAACGAAUUCCUAAUUUGUUGUAAUAAAAACACUAAAUUCACUGUA